CCUAAAAUCUAGCACUCAUGACAUGAGACAGGUCUCAUGUUGAUAAGCUUUGAAACGUACGUUUUUGUUGCAUAAUGAGUGUCAUCACUAAUCCAUAAUCAUACCAACAAAAUGAAAAUGCUGCUGAGGCAGCCAAGUGUUGUGAUGGCACUGCUUUGUUGUGUUCAUUUUCAUGUCCAAUGUUGUGAUGAAGUUGAAGAAGGAAUCAUCAGAUCUCACUUCCCUCAAGGAUUCCUCUUCGGAACGAGUACUUCCUCUUACCAAAUUGAAGGAGCACCAUUUGAAGAUGGUAGCGGUACAAGCAACUGGGAUGUUUUUAGUCAUACACCAGGAAAGAUAAACAAUGAUGAGAAUGGUGACAUUGCAGAUGAUCAUUAUCAUCGCUAUUUGGAAGACAUUGAGUUGAUGUCGUCUCUUGGGGUAAAUGUAUAUCGGUUCUCUAUCUCAUGGACGAGGAUUCUACCAAGAGGGAUAUACGGGAACAUCAAUCCAAGUGGGAUAAUGUUCUACAACAAGAUUAUAGACAAUCUGCUGCUUAGAGGGAUUGAGCCAUUUGUGACAAUUCAUCAUCAUGACAUGCCACAAGAACUAGAAGAAAUAUAUGGUGGUUGGAUUAGUCCCCUAAUACAGAGAGAUUUUGUUCAUUUUGCUGAAAUUUGUUUUAAGAGCUUCGGAGACAGGGUUAAGUAUUGGACUACCAUCAAUGAGCCAAACCAAUUUUCAGACUUUGCUUAUAUGAGAGGAAUAUAUCCCCCUGGUCGCUGUUCCCCACCUUUUGGAAAUUGUAAAACUGGUAACUCUGAUGUUGAGCCUCUCAUUGCCUUGCACAAUAUGUUACUGUCACAUGCCAAGGCUGUUGACUUAUACCGCAAGCACUUUCAGGCAAAGCAAGGUGGAACCAUUGGCAUUGUUGCAGACUCCCUCAUGUUUGAACCACUUAGAGAUGAAGAAUGUGAUAGACAAGCUGCGAGUAGGGCCUUGACUUUUGAGCUAGCCCGGGUCUUAGAUCCCCUGGUUUUCGGUGAGUACCCAGCUGAAAUGCGCUCAAUCCUUGGUAGUAAGUUGCCAGUGUUCUCUCCUAAGGAGAAGAGUCUCAUAAAAGGCAGCCUAGACUUCAUUGGCAUCAAUCACUAUGGAACUCUCUAUGCCAAAGACUGCACCCUCUCUACUUGUUCUCUUGGAGCAGAUCAUCCAAUAAGAGGUUUUGUAGAAACAACUGCAACAAGAAAUGGUGUUCCAAUUGGUGAACCGCAGACAGGAAUAGCACAGUUUUUUGUUGUUCCAAGGGGCGUGGAGAAGCUUGCAGACUACAUUAAAAUGAGAUACCAUAAUAUACCCAUGUAUAUUACAGAAAAUGGAUACUCUCCACCGCCGAAGCCGGAUGUGACAAUACAUGAUUCACUACAGGAUUUCAAACGAAUAGAUUAUCAUAAAGCCUACCUUGCAGCUUUGCUUAGAUCCAUAAGAAAAGGUGCUGAUGUAAGGGGAUAUAUGAUAUGGUCAUUGAUGGAUAACUUUGAAUGGGCAAGUGGCUAUGACAUAAGAUUUGGGCUUUAUUAUGUGGAUAGACAGACUCUUGAACGGAUUCCCAAACUUUCUGUUCAAUGGUUUUCUAGUUUCCUCAACAACACUAGCCACACCAACAAACAAGACCUGAGUGAGCAAUAUGUUAGAAGCAAAGAUGUGAUGACUGCUGGUUUCGAAGUUAUUUGAACAACCUGAAAUGCAUGGAUACUAGUGUAUGUGUGUUUGUUCCACUUCUAAACUAAGAUUUUUUGUUUGAAAAAUAUUGGAAACAUACUCGCUAAAUAUGCAAUUAUUUGUUAUAAUUUAUUGAAAUUUACAAAAUUCUGUAGA